UAGCUGACCUUACUACCAGGCAAGUGCAACCACCUCGUUGCUGGCUUUCAGAAGAACAUGAAACUACACAAGGUCUUGCUUUCAUUUAAAAAUAAACACUGCAAAGCAUUUCAUCAUGGCCAUCGUUAUUAUCGACUAAGAGGCGUAGACCAAUGAGCAGACUUCCGUGAUCUCCAGAACCACGUACAACGCCAUCUAGAUCCAGGGGACGUGAAACAAACACAUCGGGAGGGGAUUUCCACGCAAGGCACUUCCUUUACUUGUUUUGCUUUCGAUCUGGACACUGAAAUAGGUUAAGUUUUCGUUUUGGUAUACAGAAUCACAAACUACAUUGGGAUAUUUUGUUAUUGUGGAGAAGACUGUCGAUUCAUCAAGCUGAUUAGAACACUAUCGCAGGCAACCAUGCCCGUGGAGAGGAUGCGAAUGCGUCCAUGGUUAGAGGAACAGAUCAACUCUUCCCUAAUCCCUGGACUGAAAUGGGUUAAUAGAGAAAAGAGGAUCUUCCAGAUUCCAUGGAUGCAUGCUGCAAGACAUGGCUGGGAUUUGGAAAAAGAUGCUCCUUUAUUCAAGAAUUGGGCUAUUCAUACUGGAAAAUAUCAAGUAGGAACGGACAAACCAGACCCAAAAACAUGGAAGGCCAAUUUCCGCUGUGCAAUGAACUCUCUGCCGGAUAUUGAGGAGGUUAAAGACAAGAGCAUUAAGAAAGGAACCAACGCUUUCAGAGUGUACAAGAUGCUGUCGCCAUCAGAGCGCCAAAACAAGAAAGGAAAGAAAAGGGGUGAGAAGGGAAAGAAUAAGCAAACGGUGGAGCCCGAGUCCCCAUCCAUGGAGAGUGCAAAUGGAUCUGUUGGAGAGCAUGGAGCCCCAGUGGUGAAGGUGGUGCUGAAGGAGGAGAUUAAAGAGGAGUCCGCUACAGAGAGCAAAGGUUACUUUCAUCAGGACAGUCAGAGUCCUGCGGAUGAUCAGCUGAUCAUUGAUGACCUUCCGUAUGUUUGCCAAACCAUCGAGGUGACCACAGAGAAUGAGGAGCAGGCGGUCAGCUCCAGCCACCCAUACCCACUCCAGAUCUCCCCUGUGUCCUCAUAUGAGAGUGACACUGACAGUGUGCAAAGUGAAGAGGACUCCAAAGAAUAUCUUCGUGAAGGGAUGUGGGGAUCAAAUUUUUCUUCUUCAGUGCUAAGGGUGCCCUCCUGCUCACUACCUAGCAUGGCUACCUUUGUCACUGCUGGAAAGGUAACCAAUUUCAAAGUAACCAGCACCAGGGACCCCAUGCCCCUCAUCAGCUACAGCAACACCCCCUGGAACAGGGACAUGUCAGCAGGCCCAUGCCCUCCGUCAGAGCAGGCUUCCUCCAGCCAGGUCUCUGCUGCAGAGACCCGGGCCAGCGUUAUCAUGAAGACCUCAGACGUGUCCAAGUCCUCGGUCAAAACGUGUUGAAGCCCUGACAGCACCGUGACUCAGGACCAGAUAUGGGACGGUCAGUGGCAGGCUUGGUGUGGAACAGCAUUGAUCACUGCUGGGCUUCUUGUUGGACCAGAGUGCCUACUCAUAGGAAUGACUGGGACUGGGCUAUAGGAGAUCCAGUGCAGAAUUGGUGUAUGGGGCUCUGUGAGCUGUAGAAUAUGUACUGUUGCCCAGUCUUAACCUCCCAAGAUCUCAGGGCCUUUUAGUUGUGAUGGGAGGGAAUGAAUCUACAAACUGUGAAACUGUUUAUGUUGGGCAUCUUUUCCACUCUUGGCCCACUGUUAAUAAUGUACAUACUGAUAUGUCUGCAUAAUGGCAAACCGCUUUUGCACCUUAAGGAAAGCACUGAUGGGAAUGUGUGUCGCCAUUCAAGGCUGAGUUGUCUGUAGCCAGGGGUCUCCAAAAUGUUUGGGCAUGUCAGCUACUUAAAAAUGAAUGUUGCAAGCUACUGUUUCUUGUUAGCUUUUUAUUAGGCACUGUCAUCUUUUGUCUCACAGGGAACUUUUUCCUAGGUCCUACCAUACAAGAGAAAGUACUGUUUUCUGUAAAUUUUUGUCAGUACAACUAGUAAAAUAACCCUUUAAAAAAAAAUUACAAUUGUUCGUAGAGUUAUGAAACCAAAUCGAAAAGAUGGUUUUCAUUUAGGUCUGGAAGAAAACCGAAGAUAUUUCAUUGUGAUUCAUUGUGUUUCAUAGUGCAUCUAGAUACAAAUGACACACUUUGCAUAUAGUUUGUCCAGCUAAUCCUACUUUGUAGUUUUAAGGUUUUGGGGAAUACAAGUAGAAUAUAUAUAUAUUUCUAUUAACUCAAAAUCAUUAGCUACAUGUGGCAUGGAAAAACGUGAGUACCACAUAGACCAACUUGGACAACAAGCUGGAAAAUGCCAUAUAUGGUGUGUGUCUUAUUAGGAGGUCUUUUCUGUGUUGUGUUGCUUAGAUAGUACCUGGGCUCCAGCAGUGUCUUGUAUGUUUCUGCUGUAUACCUUCAGAAUGUUUUUGUGUUGCUACUAGUAGCUUGCAGUCAAUCUAUUGGAGACCCCAGAUGGCUAAAAGCAGAAGAGGCCUUAAAGAACAACUGCCCCUAAAAACCAGUCCCCUUACAAAUGCCAAUAGGAUAAUUUUGGUCAUGAAGUCUGACUUAUGUGCCUCAGAAUGUAUUUGAGGGUUGAAUUUAGAUUUUGACAAUGGCCAUUUGCUCACUAUAGAAGAAUAGCUGUGCUGAUUACUAUCUUUCCAAUGACCGAGAGCAUACGAGACCUGCCCAGCCGCUCAGACUUUGUUUAUAUAAAACGCAAAUGAUUUAACGAGGAAAAAAACGUAUCAAACACCUUAGGUAGAUUUAAAAAAACGAAUAACUCUUCUAUAAAAACAUCAACAUUUAGUACAGACAGAUUUCUUCAGUUAUUUACUUUAUACUUCAAAUGGUGUCUAAUAGAAGACAGACAUCAGAAGGACAAAGUCUUGAAUGGGCAAAAGUAAAACAAUCAGUGCAUUCAGUCGCUUUUGAAGAGCAGCCUUGUCUUUGACUUUAAGGGGAUGCCAUCCAUUGGAUUAAAGGAUGAAGUAAAUAAAUGCACUUGGUAAUUUAUCUAGAUGCCUUUUAAGCAUGCUUAUAUACAUAUAUUUUUAUAUAAAGGGACAUUUUAAUCUGAGGUGGACAAGUAUUCGAUUUGUAUAUUUUUGCCCCAAAAUAAAAUAUUUCUGAUUCUUUAUGUUAAAUACAUUUUUUAUUAUGGUUAUUUACGUGACAUGAUGAAAAACCAAUCUAUUUUGUAUCAACAAGUCCACAUUUGUGACUUCUACUGUAUGUGAAAUUGUAUAUGCUUGUAGUUUGUGUGCGCCUGAUUGUGUGUUUCAAUUAGUUACAAAAUGACACACGUUUGAGUGUGUCACAGCACAGUCAUGGGUAACUCUUAAUCCUGUGGAUCAACAUGCAAAUUUUAAUAAAAAGAUUGUUUUGUAA